AUGACUACACAACACAAGUCUCUGUAUCCCUCUUCUUCUUUCUGCAUUCCGAACCAAACCCCUUUCCUCCGAUCAACGGCUCAUGGUUCCGAUCGCCGGUGACUCGGAUUCCGGCGAAGCCUAACCCUAACCAACCAACCCCAGAUUCAUGGAUUCUUCUGAUUCCCACGAACACGAAAUCCCCAGGAAGCACGGCGUCGUUUUGGCUAUACUUCGAUGGGGUUUAGCAAUCUUACUACCCUUCCUUUUCUUGUUCUCCUUCCUCUUCCUUGUUGGUUUCCUUCUUCUCUUCUUCGCUGAUUUCUCUGUUACCGGUGCCAUUUCUCUCCCCUCACAGUGCAAAAUCGUCUCCACUGGUGUUGAUAUUAGGUCAUCUAAGGUUUGUGAACUUGGAUUGUUAAAUUAUAAAGCAAAGGACGUAUUUCAUCAUUUUGAGAGAAGCAAGUUUCGCUGCCGUUAUGAUUACUACUGGGCUUCAGUAUUCAAGGUGGAAUAUGUAGAUCGUUUUUCAGGUCAGACACAAGUUGCAUUUGCAGAGGCUCCAAAAGAGGCUCUUCCUCCUUAUUGCAGGCCUAAUUUUGGUGCUGCAUGGUUGACACAAUACAAAUAUAAGGUCAAUGAGACUUAUGAUUGCUGGUACACUUCUGGCAUUUCAAAAGUGCAUUUAUAUCAAGAUAAUCUUUUCGGUUGCCAUGCUGAUGAGCAGUCUACUAUUGAGAAGAUUAAACAAAAGUCUAUCAUGGCCAUGGAGAUGGUAAAUUCCUGGUUUUCCGAUAAGCGAAGGACCAACAAUUGGAGGUGGGGAGCUAUAGCUGGAUUAGUAACUGGGUUCUCAACUUCUUUGAUCUCUAUAACCUUUAUCGGGUUUUUACAACAAUUGCUAUCUUCAGUUUAUCAAUCUUUUAAAACAUGGGUAUUUCCACGGCGCGUCAAUGCUGUUCUCAUCAGGCGCGCUUGUUUUCUUUUGGCGUACCUGUCUUUUGUGGCUUGGUUAGCUAUUGAGUAUGGGAAGAGGCUCGGUCUCAUGGAUAUUUUCAGAUCCCUUAAAUCAUAGCACUUAUUUUGUGAAGUGCUAUGUAUGUCCUUUUCGUUUGAAUCCCCAUGUAACAUUAUGUUCUUGUCCCAUGAUAUAAUGAGCGUCAAGGAAGUCAUGUAUAGUUAUAGUUUAAUUGACUUAGUUCCUGAUAUUACUGAAGAAAAAAUUGCAAGUUCUUAGUUAAAAUAUGACCUGUGUACACUUAUCACGUAUCAAAUGUGACCACUUCAAGUGUCUUUCUGAAGUGAUAGUGCGAGUCACCAUAGCAGUUGAGUUAAAAAUGUUGUAGCGUUCAUUUUGUUGUGAUGAUUUUAGUGGAAAUGAGAAUAAUAUAAAAUUGACAUUUAUUUUA